AUGUCUUCGUCCAACGUCCGAAGCCGAUCCUUCUCUGAACAUUGUUCACUGGCGCCAGUCGACAAUGUUCGAAGACAACCCUUCUUCGAACAUUGUGACUGGUAUCAGUGCUCACUUUUCGAAGACCGUCCUUCUUCGACCCUUUUUCUCUGGGGCCAGUCCACAAUGUACGUAGACCAUCCUUCUUCGUCCAUUGAGGACGAGCGAGAAUCCACAACGUCCGAAGCCGAUCCUUCUCUGAACAUUUGCUCACUUUUCGAAGACCGUCCUUCUUCGACCCUUUUUCUCUGGGGCCAGUCCACAAUGUACGUAGACCAUCCUUCUUCGUCCAUUGAGGACGAGCGAGAGUCCACAACGUCCGAAGCCGAUCCUUCUCUGAACAUUGUUCACUGGCGCCAGUCGACAAUGUUCGAAGACAACCCUUCUUCGAACAUUGUGACUGGUAUCAGUGCUCACUUUUCGAAGACCGUCCUUCUUCGACCCUUUUUCUCUGGGGCCAGUCCGCAAUUGCUCACUUUUCGAAGACCGUCCUUCUUCGACCCUUUUCUCUCUGGCCAGUCCGCAAUGUACGUAGACCAUCCUUCUUCGUCCAUUGAGGACGAGCGAGAAUCCACAACGUCCGAAGCCGAUCCUUCUCUGAACAUUGUUCACUGGCGCCAGUCGACAAUGUUCGAAGACAACCCCUUCUUCGAACAUUGUGACUGGUAUCAGUGCUCACUUUUCGAAGACCGUCCUUCUUCGACCCUUUUUCUCUGGGGCCAGUCCGCAAUGUACGUAGACCAUCCUUCUUCGUCCAUUGAGGACGAGCGAGAAUCCACAACGUCCGAAGCCGAUCCUUCUCUGAACAUUGUUCACUGGCGCCAGUCGACAAUGUUCAGUCGACAAUGUUCGAAGACAACCCUUCUUCGAACAUUGACGAGCGAAAUCCACAACGUCCGAAGCCGAUCCUUCUCUGAACAUUGUUCACUGGCGCCAGUCGACAAUGUUCGAAGACAACCCUUCUUCGAACAUUGUGACUGGUAUCAGUGCUCACUUUUCGAAGACCGUCCUUCUUCGACCCUUUUUCUCUGGGGCCAGUCCGCAAUGUACGUAGACCAUCCUUCUUCGUCCAUUGAGGACGAGCGAGAAUCCACAACGUCCGAAGCCGAUCCUUCUCUGAACAUUGUUCACUGGCGCCAGUCGACAAUGUUCGAAGACAACCCUUCUUCGAACAUUGUGACUGGUAUCAGUGCUCACUUUUCGAAGACCGUCCUUCUUCGACCCUUUUCUCUCUGGGGCCAGUCCGCAAUGUACGUAGACCAUCCUUCUUCGUCCAUUGAGGACGAGCGAGAAUCCUAA